UUUUUCCUUUCUUUCUGUCUUUCUUUUUCUUCCGUCCAAACAAAGGGUUAAUUACGGUUAGGUCAUGUGAUCGACUGAUCGUCAGUCACCGUAUUGGUCAUCUGAUCGUCAGCCACCGUAGUGGAGGAGAAAAGAAAGUCCUUUAAAUGUCAAUACCCCUUUCCCAGGUCGUCUGAGAGAGAGAGAAGAAAGGUCUCCGACGAACGCCAUGGCGAGGACUCCCCAUGUUCUGGUGGUGCCGUACCCAGCGCAGGGCCACAUGAUCCCCCUCUUCGAGUUCGCCCACCUGCUAUCCACCCAUGCCAUCUCCAUCACCGUCGUCGUCACACCAAAGAACCUCCGCUUUCUUCAGCCCUUCCUCUCCGACGACGACUCCCUCCCUCUCCGCCCACUCGUCCUCCCCUUCCCUUCCUCCCCCGACAUCCCGCCCGGCAUCGAGAACUCCCAAGACCUCCCCAAGGGCUCCUUCCUCUCCGUCAUGCGCGCCUUCCCGGCAUUAUCCGACCCCCUCCUCCAGUGGGCUCGAGCCCAACCCCACCCACCGACCGCCAUCAUCUCGGACAUGUUCCUCGGUUGGACCCUCGACUUGGCUCGCUCCCUCGGCAUCCCCCGCCUCGUUUUCUACACCUCAGGCUCCUUCGCCGUCUCCGUUGUCCACUCGCUCUGGCUCAACGUGCCGGAUAGACCGGCCGACCACGCCACCGACGAGCUUUUCCCGGUACCCGUGCCCGACGUGCCCGGGUCGCCGGUCUUCCCGUGGUACCAACUCUCUCCGAUAUAUCGGGUAUACAAGGAAUCGCCAGCCGGCUCGCUGGAGUGGCUGAGGAAGAUCUUUCUCGCCAACGUCGCCAGCUGGGGCGGCGUGUUCAACACGUUUCGGAAGAUCGAGGGGGCGUACCUCGACCAUCUGAGCUAUAGGCCGGACGGCGGCUGGAAGACGUGGGCGGUAGGCCCGCUGGUGCCCCACUGGGAAGAGAACAGAGUGGCGGAGAGGGGCGGUUGCUCGGAGACGUCCGUCCGGGAUGUGGUGGCGUGGCUGGACGGUCGAGACGAGGCCUCCGUCGCAUACGUGUGCUUCGGCAGCCAGGCGGAGCUGUCGGACGAGCAGGUGGCGGCGCUGAGCGCCGCGCUGGAGACCAGCGGCGUGGCAUUCCUCUGGUGCGUGAAGCAGAAGAAACACGGUGGCCCCAGUCAAGUGCCAGAAGGGUUCGAGGAAAGGGUGAAGGAGCGAGGUAUGGUCUUGAGGGGCUGGGCGCCACAGGUCUUGAUCCUGAACCAUAGGUCAGUCGGGUGCUUCCUGACACAUUGUGGCUGGAACUCGACGCUUGAAGGGCUAGCCGCGGGCGUGCCUCUGUUGACCUGGCCCUUGUACGCGGACCAGUACAUGAACGAGGUCCUAAUCGUUGACCAACUUCUCACCGGGGAGCGCGCACUCCACGGGACGAACCCGGUGCCGGACCCAACUCAUGUGGCCCAAGCAUUGGUCCGGUUGACACGAAGAGAUUGCGAAGUCCGGGCGCGGUCGCAGGCGAUCAAGGAAUCGGCUCACCUCGCUGUGAAGGGUGGUGGAAGCUCAUAUAAGGACUUGGUUAUGUUGGUGGAAGAGCUGCACCAAAUGGCUCCGUUGAAUAAUAGCGAAGGAGAAAAUGGGGGAUGCACCCAUACUAUGGAAGGAUCCGAUCCAAUUUAGUUUGGCUGGCUUUUGUUUCUUUCCGAUCCUAGCCAAAUAAAAGACAAGGUUAUCUUGUUUCCUAGGAGCUUCUUAUUGGAUACAAUCGUACUUUCUUAGGCCUAUGUUUUUUGCUUUUGUUUUCUUUGAAGGGGUUGGCGAUACAGUAGAGUAUAGCAGGGUUGGUAGGCAGUUAAUUCUUAUUUUGAGCCCCAAUUCCUAUUUUGAACCCUUUGAGUGUCGACUUCUUUGUGCUGGUGCGACAUCGAGAGUAGGCCAUGUAGGAAUAUCAUGAUGGAUUACUUCUCCAGACAUAGAUCUGGUUUGAGUAUAUGUUA